AUGCCAGAAUCACCAAGUUGCACUCCAGAACUAGUUCCAUGGAAACCAAAGUUCGAUUUGGAUACUCCAGAAGGCCGCGUCUGUCUCUUAUCCGAAAAAGUGAUCGACGCUGAAUUCACCCGCCGUUUGGGCAUUCGCAAGAGAAAAUUGAAAUCGUACGGCAAAUCUCUCGGAAGGUACUAUGAGCUCAAGACCCAUGAGCACUUUGGUACACUUCCACGGGACAUAGUGUCUGAAGUUGAUAAAAGGUCCAAUUCUCGGACCACCAAUCAAGAAUUCAUAGAUAUGGGGAUGGAAAUGGUUUCUCAGGAACUUGCCUUGCUUCCCGAUGAACUUCAGAAACUAGAGGAACAAUGCUUUCAACCGCUCGAAGAAGCAGAGCACGAUGCUCUCUCUUGGAUCUACACGUACGUUUAUCGUCUGGAACCUUCAGCUGAUGAAAUCGAGAAAGCAGCUGACAGUAUCUUGUUCUACCCUCGUCACUUUAGUUCUUUUGACUUUUGCCGUCCGUUGUAUGAUUUGAGAAAAACUCAUCUUGCUAAGUACUUCGUUCAAAAAUCUAACGAGCUUCGGGAUAAUCUAGCAGAGGAGCGGGAUAAGGUCAUGAGGCUGGUUGACCAAACACGGGCGACUGCUAGGUCUUAUGCGAAGCUGGCGGCCGCCGGAGGGCCCAUCUACAAAGUAGACAUUCCUUCCUUACAAAAUCUACCGGACAGAAGCUUCCAUUCCCCCCAUUCACUGUCAGGCUCAACCGACACAAAGACAACUACCACAGCUCCAUCUUCAGAACCACAGGGACUCGACACUCGUGCUUCAGAUUAUUCUAUUACAGGUUUGUUCAAAAGAGACUUGGGAACUUCCUCCGUCAGCAAGUGA